AUGGCUGAUCAAAUCAACAUGGGUGGUCUCUCACUCAACGAAGGCGGCCAGCAGGGCGGUCCUCAGCAGGGUGGUCGAUCUUACAUCCCUCCUCACAUGCGCCGCCAGGGUGGUGGUCCUCCCGCUGGCCCUCCCCCUGCCGGUCCUACUCCAGGUGGUCCUCCCGACAUGAACGGCGGUCCUCCCGCUGCCAACGGCAUCGGCAACAGCGCCUGGGCUAACCAAAACUACGGAGCCCGUCAGUCCAACUGGGGUAACGAUGUCCCCACCUACCAAAACACCAACGGCGCCGGUAACAACCGUCGCGGCGGCUGGGGCGGUCGAGGUGGUGGUUACAGCGGCGGCGGCGGCGACGGUCACUCUGCCGGCGGCGGCGGUGGUGGUGCUUCUGCUCGAGGUUCUGGCGAUGGCCAGUGGCGAGACGGAAAGCACAUCGCUGGCCCUGCCAACCCUCGCAUUGAACGGGAGCUCUUCGGCGUCGUCGAUGAUCCCACCAAGCAGCAAACUGGUAUCAACUUCGAGAAGUACGACGACAUCCCUGUCGAGGCUUCCGGUACAGAUGUGCCUGAGGCUGUUCACCAGUUCUCUACUCCUCCUCUGGACGAGCACCUGUGUCGCAACAUCGAGCUUGCUCACUACAAGGUCCCCACUCCUGUUCAAAAAUAUUCGAUCCCCAUUGUCAUGGGUGGUCGUGAUCUGAUGGCUUGUGCCCAGACUGGUUCCGGAAAGACUGGUGGUUUCCUCUUCCCCAUUCUUUCUCAGGCUUUUAUCAACGGUCCUUCUGCUGUGCCUGCUAAUGCCGCCAGUCAGUUCGGCCGUCAGCGAAAGGCCUACCCCACUUCUUUGAUUCUUGCUCCCACCCGUGAGCUUGUCUCUCAGAUCUUUGAGGAGUCCCGAAAGUUUGCCUACCGAUCUUGGGUCCGACCUUGUGUUGUUUACGGUGGUGCAGACAUUGGUUCCCAGCUCCGCCAGAUCGAGCGUGGCUGUGAUUUGCUUGUUGCUACUCCUGGUCGAUUGGUCGAUCUCAUAGAGCGAGGUCGUAUCUCUCUGCAGAACAUCAAGUACCUUGUUCUCGAUGAGGCUGAUCGCAUGCUGGACAUGGGUUUCGAGCCCCAGAUUCGUCGUAUCGUUGAGGGUGAAGAUAUGCCCUCGGUCCAGGACCGUCAAACUCUGAUGUUCUCAGCCACUUUCCCCCGAGACAUUCAGAUGCUUGCCCGCGAUUUCCUUAAGGACUACAUCUUCCUUUCUGUUGGCCGUGUUGGUUCUACUUCUGAGAACAUCACCCAGAAGGUUGAGUACGUCGAGGAUGUUGACAAGCGCUCCGUUCUCCUGGACAUCCUCCACUCUAACGCCAACGGUCUGACUUUGAUCUUCGUCGAGACCAAGCGCAUGGCCGACUCGCUCUCCGACUUCCUCAUCAACCAGAACUUCCCCGCCACAUCCAUUCACGGUGACCGUACCCAGCGCGAGCGUGAGCGCGCUCUCGAGUUUUUCCGUAACGGACGUUGCCCCAUUCUGGUUGCUACCGCUGUUGCUGCUCGAGGUUUGGACAUUCCCAACGUUUUGCAUGUUAUCAACUACGAUCUUCCUACCGAUGUUGACGACUAUGUUCACCGAAUUGGUCGUACUGGUCGUGCCGGAAACACCGGUAUUGCGACCGCAUUCUUCAACCGAGGCAACCGCGGAAUCGUCCGUGAGCUCAUGGACUUGCUCAAGGAAGCUAACCAGGAGGUCCCGGCAUUCCUCGAGACCAUCGCUCGUGAGUCUUCGUUCGGCGGAGGUGGCCGUGGUGGCCGUUCUCGCGGUGGUGGUGGUCGUGGUGGCAAUGCCAACCGUGACUUCCGAAAGUUCGGCGGCGGCGGUUUCGGCGGCAACAGCGGUGGUGGAGGCGGCUUCAACGCUCCUUCCCAGGGUGCCGGCUACGGCGGCGGCGGUGGCGGUGGCUUCAGUGGCUCCGGAGGCUACGGAGGUGGUGGCUACAGCGGCGGCGGCGGCGGUGCUGGUUACGGUGGUGGUGGCUACGGCAACCCCAGCGGCCCUGGUGCCCAGUCUUCUUGGUGGUAA